AUGCACAACAUAGACAAGAGAAGGGAAAAGGAAAAAAAAGGAAGACCACCAAGGAGCAAAAGAAAACAGAAGAGCAAAGCAAAGCACAGGAGGCAAGCAGAAAGAGAAGAACAAGGAAGAAACAGGGCAAGAAAUAAAUCCAAGAGGAACAUCGCAAAAGCAGCAGGGACACAAAAAGACAGAAGCAAGCAAGGAACAGAAGCAAGACAAAAAAAAACCAGGAGCAAAAAAGAGGGCACAUGA